CUGUGGGCCGUAAAAGCCGACUAAUAGGGGUUGAUGGUUGGGCCGACAACCAAACCUCGUAAAAACGCCGAGCUUGUUACCGAGGAAGAAAAUUUGGACCGAUCGCCAGUGCAAUUUCCCGAAGAAGGACUCAAUGAAUAUGGAUAUUUUGUCUUGAAUCGUGAAACCAGGAACUUUCCGGCCAGACGAAGGAGAUCUACAGAGCCUGGAGCGUUGAGAAAGAUUUGCUUGAUGCUGAUUUCCACGGCAUAUGCCGGUGAGAAAGCAGAAGAGAAUGUGGAAGAAAAGGCAAUUAAAAAGCGUGGUCUAUUGGGUCUCGGAUUGGGAUACGGAGGAGGUUACGGGGGUGGUCAUGGGUACGAAGGUGGUCACUCCGUUGCAAUUGCUACCGUUCCGGUUGAAGUACCAAAGCCUUACCCGGUUGCUGUUGACAGACCUUAUCCAGUGAAGGUGCCAGUUCCUGUCCCACAACCAGUGCCAGUUGCCGUUCCCGUUGACAGACCUUAUCCAGUUGUUCAGACCAAGACCGUAACGGUUCCAGUUGACAGGCCUUAUCCCGUCUCUGUCCCUGUAAAGGUACCAGUACCUGUACCUGCACCUUAUCCAGUCAAGGUACCAGUAGCUCAUCCAGUACCAGUCCCAGUAGCUCAUCCAGUUCCAGUUGCGGUUCCACAACCUGUCGUCGUCAAAGAAACGGUUCCCGUUCUUCUUAAGGGCGGUUAUGGUCAUUUAUAGAUGAAAUUUUUUCCUCCUUUUCUAUCUUCGUCUAUCCCAUCUUCCAAAACUCCUUGCCUAACACCCAAACAUCGCAAAACAUCGUGACGAGCGCAAACCAAAAAAAAAAACAUCCUUCCGCUCCCCUUCUCUCUCCUUCUUACC